AGGGUCACAAAGGCAUCUCCAGCCCAUGGUAAAAUGCCAGCUUUGCGGCCAGGAAGAGGUUAACCCCCCGGGACCCCCCCAGCAGAGUGAAGGUUUUUGUUUCUCUAGUGAUCGUGCCUGGCACUAUAAAAGGCUGGGCGGAGGUGUCCCUCCCUCAUCUGCCUUCCAACAUGAGCUUCAGUUCAGACCAUUACCUGUCCUCCUCCUACAGGAAGAUCUUCGGGGACUCUCCUCGGUCUGCCACCCGCAUCGGGGGAAGCUCUGCUUCUUCUAGGACCGGCCAAUCUGCAGGGUACCGGCCCCAGUCCCGCAGCAAUGUCUCCUCACUGUCCUCCUACAACAGGAGGUCUCCUAGAUCCGCCGCUGUCUAUGGAGAUAACGUAGACCUGACCCAAACUACCGUGGUGAACAACGAGUACAAGAUCAUCCGCACCAAUGAGAAGGAGCAGAUGCAGGGGCUCAAUGACCGCUUCGCCAUGUUCAUAGAGAAGGUCCAUAACUUGGAGCAGCAGAACAAGGUGCUGGAGACCGAGCUGGUCGCCUUCAGACAAAGGCAGUCCGAACCCUCCAGGCUGGGGGAGCUCUACCAUCAGGAGCUCAAAGAUCUCCGCUCCCAGCUGCAGGACCUGAGCAAUGACAAAGCCCAGCUGAUCAUUGAAAGGGACAGCCUGGAGGAUGACCUGCAGAAGCUAAAUGGCAAGUAUGAGGAUGAGAUCAGGAUGAGAGAAGAAACGGAAUACGCCUUGAAGGCACACAAGAAAGAUGUGGAUGAUGCCACCUUGGCCAGGCUAGACCUGGAGAAGAAGGUGGAAUCUCUGCUGGAUGAGAUCAACUUUAUGAGGAAGGUCCAUGAAGAGGAGAUCACAGAGCUGAUGGCCAUGGUGCAAGCUUCUCAGGUCUCGGUGGAGGUGGAGAUGGCCAAGCCCGACCUCACCUCUGCUCUGAAAGACAUCCGAUCUCAGUACGAGUCUCUGGCGGCCAAGAACCUGCAUUCUGCCGAUGAGUGGUACAAGUCCAAGUUCGCCAACCUCAACGAGCAGGCGUCCCGCAGCUCAGAGGUGAUCAGAGCCAGCAGAGAGGAGCUCAAUGACUACAGGAGACAACUCCAGUCCAAGACUAUCGAAAUAGAAAGUCUGAGAGGAACCAACGAAUCGCUGGAAAGGCAGCUCCAGGAGAUGGAGGAAAGGCACAUAUCAGAGGCUUCUGGAAUGCAGGAUGCUAUCAAUCAGCUAGAGGAUGAACUGAGGAGCACAAAAGGAGAGAUGGCCCGUCAUCUGAGAGAGUAUCAGGAUCUGCUGAAUGUCAAGAUGGCCCUAGACAUUGAGAUUGCUGCAUACAGGAAACUGCUGGAAGGUGAAGAGACCAGGUUUAGCACAAGCGGAAUAAGCAUCAUGCCUCCAAAUCAUUCUCAAAGCUAUUCUUACCAGUCUCGCAUUCAUAGUUCCUCCUCUUCCAGGGGUACACCUGCAGCAUCCAAGAAAGACGAAGCUGAUUCCGCCUCCAAAACCAUCUCUAAAUCAUCAGCUCGCAAAGGGGAGACUUAUGAGGAAAUCAUUGAGGAAACUGUAGUGUCAACCAAAAUAAUAGAAAAGCCAGAGCAGAAUGAGGGAAUUAAUGGGAAAUCUUAAACAAAGAAAACUAGUACUUUACAAAUUAGUUAGAAGUUAGAAUUUCUACUUUGCCAUUUUUCCAUUCACUCUUAGAACGAUAGCUUUAAUGUUAGUUUUCUACAUGGUCAUUACAUUUUCUUUAGGAGGAUGCAGUAAUACUUAAUAUCACAAGACCAUCUAGUUCCACAACCGUUGGAGGGUCACAGGUUAACAAGGCCAUUUACAGAGAGUCAUUGUUGAAAGAAGGGAUUUUGACAAAUUAAAGGGAUUGUCCACUUCAUGUGGUGUUUUUCUACCUUAUUCCAGCCCUGCUUAUCCCUUUUACAAGAUUGUUGGUUUUAUUCCAGCUUUCCACAUUUCAGUAAUUUACCCAUAUCACUCUUACUGCUUUAAGGAAAUUGCAAUAUGUUUCGAAUUUUAAGAACCAACCAAGUUUUACAAUGUUCAAAGGUAAUAAUGCAUAUACACACAAAAUUUGGCAUAAGUUUAUAAUAAAAUUUACUAAUCAGUAGAUGUAACCUCUGGAGGUUGACAGUCCCUUUACAUGGAGGUUUCUGAAUGAUAUAGCAUACUCAAGCAAUAAAAGGAUUUGCCGUUACAAUAUAAAACCAGCCAAAAGCUCUUUAUUUUUUAGACCGUACAACAAAUUGAUGAAAAGUUUGACUCUUCUGCACCUGUUUCCAUUGUAUGACCAUGCUAGAUGCAUGAUGCACAAUUUCAAACAUCAGGCAUUGAACAUAGUGUAUUGUUGCAGCCAUUCAUUCAGAGCACUUCAUUUUUUCAUAUACCACUCUUGAUAGUAAUACAUUUUAACACUUAGUUCUUAGAUAUAGCAACAAAAUUGUAUCCAAUACCAAUGGUGACACAGGGACCAUGUUAACUUUCAAGCACAUUUAAUGUCUUAGCUGUCUAAGGCUGAUCAGUCUACACAUUUCACAGUUCAUCUUAGGUUUUCAGAAUUGUUUACUAAUGGGCUUCUGUACAACUACUUGGUACCAUAACAAAUGUGAACACACAGCUAAAAUAAGCACAUUGAAAAGUCACUUUGUUUCCUUAAACAUACAGUAGUGAUGAUAGCACAGCAGUUACAUAACAAGAUAUACCACAUUCAUCAUUUAGGUGCUGAAAACGGAGGUUAAUACACACUAGAAACACUCUUUACUGGUGGUAGUUUCACACUUGACCUUUGACUGGUCAAUAUAGGAGGCAUUUUUCUCUUCAUUGAGGUGUGUCAAGGUUAGGGCCCUAGUACAUCUUAAAAUGCCUUAUUAUUAUCAAAAUACCUCCAGUAAUGUGUAACAACCAAUGCAUUAUGGUAUGUGUACACGUUAUACUAUGAGAUGUUUUAUUCAUUGAUAAUGCAAUGAAACAGAAAACUACACCAUCAGACAUGAACAACAAAUAAAGACUAAUAUAUUAAUAA